AUGGGUGUAGGACGUCGCAUGAAGAAGCAGGGCAUGCCCGAGCCAUUGGACGAGUCGCUCGUUACAAGGAAACGCAAGGACGCGCCAGCUGCACAGGAAGUAGAGCGCAAGAAAAGGAGCAGGACGGCGGCGAGGGAGGCAAAGGCGAAAGCAGCACCGGCUGUGAAGCCAGUCAAAAAGACCAUCGUCACCAAGACCACUAAGACUGCGAUCAACGGCAAACCUGUAAAGAAAUCUGCAAAGAAAUCUGCGCCCCAGCCUUCAGACGAUGAGGAUGACUUCUCAGACAGCGAUGAGGACGAUAUCAUGGGAAGCGAUCCCUCGGACCUCAACGUCACUGGACUGGACGCGCUCGGUAGUGCAUCAGAAGAUGACGACGAGAUCGACGACGAUGAAUUUGACUCGGACGUUGUAGACUCUGAUACCGAAGUUCGGAAAACGGCCAUGUGGUCCGACGACGAAGAUGAGGAUGAAGCUCAGGAGAAGCUCACGGCCGCAAACAUUGCUGGUCUAUCACGGAAACUCGACAUGCAAAAGGCGAUUGAAGAGGCAGAGGCUCAAGCUGAGUUGGAGGAAGCAAAUUUACAGACCAACAUUGCAGGAGAGAGGCCAAAGAUUCUUGAUGAUGAGGAUGAAGAAGGACGACCUUUGACGAAUCUCGUCACACAAGACAUCCAGCUUCUUCGUACACGCCUGAAUGACACGGUCGAUCAAGAGUAG